AUGACACCACCCGCGCCCAUACACCAGGGUGAACAGCAAACACCGGAGGCAGCACAGAGCUAUACACAUCCACCUAACAUUGAAGCUUACGUUCUGCGAAGGCUAGAGAUGCACUUUGAAACUUUCAAAGAAGCAAAGAACUUCUACAAUGUCUAUGCAAAGCAAGCGGGCUUUGCUAUCAGGGAAGGCUCCAAGGUUAACACCAGAGUCUACCUUUAUUGCAGGUGCUAUGGAGUCUAUGAAUCGAAGGUGUUAGAAGCAAAUAGACAGCGGAACAAGACCACAGCCAGGACUAACUGCGGGGCUAAAAUGAGGCUGGGGAGGGAAAAGGAUGGAACACUUUUCGUAAAAGAGAUAGUCUGGGAACACAACCACAAGCUACAACUCUCCCCCCAAAUGCUUGUCUUCUUGCACUCCCACAAAAACAUUGACAAAACAAUCUUGGAGUACGUCAAGUACCUGCAGUUCAAAGGCAUUGAACACGCGCAAAUCAUGAGCAUACUGGGAGGCGAUGACCGCGGUAGCUACUUCCUCGAAAUGAAUGCCAAAGACUUGAUUAACAUCAAAGCAAAGAAUUCAAGGAUGGAUGAUGUGGACGAUGUCCUAAAGACUGUCAACUUCUUUAGGGAGAUGAAAGCGAUAAACAAGGAAUUCUUCUGUGACAUACAACUUGAUGAGUCCGACAGAGUGAAGAACAUAUUAUGUGUCACAGCCCUAGAAUAA